AUGGAAUCCUACUCGGCAGCUGGGCCCAACGCCCCUGGUCAGUCCAAACUAUUCCUCAACCCUGCCGGCAUCAAUCCACCCGCAGACAGAGCCAACCACACAAGUCUCUGGCGAAGGACCGACGUUGGCAAUAUUUACAGAAACACGGAGUACAUCACGGCCCCAGUCACCCCGCCUCUCCUAGAGCAUUGUGGGCUCACCGGCAAAAAGAUUGCAUCUCUCCAAAAACCAGUCGAGGUCUUGGACAUGUGCUGCGGAGCUGGAGUAGUUUCCGCACACAUCCAAGCAAUGAUCAAGGAACAAGGAAGAGAGAAGGACGGCGUCGUGAGACUGACAUGCUCUGACUCCAGCGAGGCUCAACUUCAAUACGUCAGAGAGAGGAUCAAGGUGGAUGGCUGGGUCGAUGCCAGAACCGUUCACGCGGACAUUGCAUGCCUUCCCUUUCCGUCCAACAGUUUCGACUACAUUGUCGUCGGAAUGGCACUGAUGGUAGUCGCUGAUCCGUACACCGGGCUCUCUGAAUUACAACGAGUUCUUAAGCCUGGUGGCCGAAUCGCUACAUCUACCUGGGCAUACGAGGGUUGGGUUCCUGCCACCCGCGAAGCGGUCGCGGACCUCAGGCUGCCUGGCCAGAAGGCCGUGCCAUGGCCUCAGGAGUCCCACCAGCUCACCCGCAUCUGGUCGCCGGGUGCGUGGGAGGACGAGUACUUUACAUGCGCCAUGUACAAUGCCGCCGGAUUCGUGGACGCUGAAGCUAAGACCAUCACGAAGAAUAUCACGUUUGAGACGCCAGAGCAGUUCUGCGCCGUGUUGCAGGGCCUUGAGUUGGGGGUCACGGAGAGGUACUGGUCGAAGGAGCAGAAGGAAAAGCUGCGACCGAAGUUAACUGCGACCAUCAUUGAGUAUCUCAACAAGAAGUAUGGGGGAAAGCCGUUCGAGACCGAGAGGACUGCUGUGUUUGCCAGUGGAAGCAAGCCUUUGGAGUGA